CUUCGUUACCCAGUUACUCCUAGAUAUUCUGGUAAAUGUUACGAGAACACCAAGGUAUAAAGUUUUUUAAAUGAGCUAAAAACAUGUAAAAUGUGGACAUAAAGUGCAGGUUCAACUCAUUACUUCAUUCAAGCGAUAGUUACUCUAGUUCUCGGUAAUGUAAUUCUUAUAAAGUUGUAAUAAUUUUACAACAAUAUGAUUCUAACUAACAAUGACUAACAGCUCUUCUGAAACAAGUUAUUAUUUGCCAUAUCUACCAGCAUCUCUAUCAAGCAUCAGUGGUCUGACAUCUGUAGAUACAAGGCCAAGCCACAUGACAGAACAGAUGCUUACGCAAACUUCUUUCUGUAGAGUUAGGUCUAGCGAUGUUCGUCCAGCGCCCAACUGCGACUUGCUGUUUCACGGUUUUCUUGAUUUACCUUCCAGCGUAUUCUUGGAACCCGUCGACAGUGGUUUAUCCGUCUACCAUCCUCAGUUUCCAUCAGAAUCGUCACUGUCUCUGAGACAAUCAAUGUCAUUGUCAACAAUGAGAGGAGAACGCGACUUGCUUGGCACCAACUACGGCAGCAGAAAACCUACCCGACCCACGUUUUCAGGCCGACAGAUUUACUUUUUAGAGAAAACGUUCGAACAAACUAAGUACCUAGCAGGUCCGGAGAGGACGAAGCUGGCCGUCUCACUAGGUCUGUCUGAAAGUCAAGUGAAGGUAAGGUUUCGAAGAUGUUCGAAGAGUAAAAAUUAA